CUCACCCGUCCGCAUCUCGCGCGCUCACCUGCCCUGCUUGGACUCCAUCAGACGCAGCUUUCUCUACAGGGACCUCGAGCCAUGCUUCUCUUGCUGUCCACCCGCCAGGUGACAUGGAUUAACUGACUUCGCUUUCUUGAGGAAGGUGCGGCCCCUUUUCUUCUUCUUUCUUUUUCUUUUCUUUUCUUUUUUUUUUUUUCGAAGUUGCUCCACAUCCAGGACGGACGGGACGGCUCGCCCUGCGCUCAGGAAGGGGAUUAGAGAAGGAGACAGGCGACAAGCUACUCGGCUCAGCUACAUUUUUGAUGCUUCGUAUUUGUCAAGUUUAAUACUGAGCGAAAAACUCUGGGUGUGUCUGUCAACCUCUUUGUACGAGAUGAACACACAUCAGGCCGGUCGUCUGCAGCAGAAUGAUGGACGGAGAGAAAGCAGAGCGGGACUGUAACUGGCGCCUUCAUGGAGCCCUGAUACACAGGGCAAAGAGCAGGUAAAUGGAGGUGCAGGACAGGAGCCGCUCCCCGUCCCGUAGGACCAGCCGGGUGGAGCAGGUGGUGGGACGAUGGCUGAGACGUUCCAGAGACUUAGGCAGCAGGUCUCACUCUCUGAGCAGAGACCGGGUUGCAGCGGAUGGGAAGACGGCAGAGUCCAGUGGCUCAGAUCAGAGGAAUUACCCCUUCCGCUUCAACGUUCAGAUCCAACGGGACCACAACAUCAACUCUCAUGGCCUCACUCUGUCUUCCCAGACCCCCAUUCUGGUGCAGGAGGUCACCCCAGGUGGUCCUGCAGAUGGCCGGCUCGUCCCCGGCGACCAGCUUGUGAAGAUCAAUAACGUCGCUGUCGAUGACCUGACCCCGGAGCAAGCUGCUGAAAUAAUCAGGGAGUGUCAAGAUUCGUUGACCAUGACUGUCCUCAGAACAAUGCUGGGCCCCAAGUCAUCAUUCAUCACUCCAGAGAAGAGGGCCAAGCUCAGGUCCAACCCUGUUAAAGUUCACUUUGCUGAGGAGGUGGAAGUCAAUGGACACUCUCAGGGCAAUUCGCUGCUCUUCCUGCCAAACGUUUUGAAGGUGUAUCUGGAGAACGGGCAGACCAAGGCCUUUAAAUUUGAACCAGGCACCACAGUCAAGGACAUUGUGAUGACACUGAGGGAAAAACUUUCUCUGAGCCGAAUUGAACACUUCUCCCUGGUGCUGGAGCAGCAGCACAGCAUUAGUAAACUACUGCUGCUACAUGAUGAGGAGAAGAUACAGCAGGUGGUGCAGAAGAAAGAGGCCCACGACUACAGAUGUCUGUUUCGUGUUUGUUUCAUGCCCAAAAACCUCGAGACCAUGCUGCAGGAGGAUCCCACAGCCUUUCUGUACCUCUACCAGCAGGGGGUGAAUGAUGUGCUGCAGGAGCGCUUUGCAAUAGAGAUGAGGUGUAACACCGCCUUGAGACUGGCUGCACUACACAUCCAGGAGAGAUUGGCAAGUUUUGGACAAUCACCAAAGACCAACUUGAAGAUCAUCACGAAGACGUGGGGAAUCGAGAACUUUGUGUCAUCCACCUUGUUGAGGAACAUGCGAGAGAAAGAUCUGAGGAAGGCCAUUGCAUACCACAUGAAGAAGAGCCAAUCACAGCAUGAUCCCAAGCAGAAGGGCCUGUCAGUCGACCAGGCACGGAUCAACUACCUGGAGGAACUUAGUGAUCUUAAGUCGUUUGGAGGGAAAUCCUUCAGUGCCACCAUGAUGCUCCAGGACAGAGAGUCAAUGGUGACAUUGUUGGUGGGGGCACGCUACGGUGUGAGUCAGGUGGUCAACCACAAACUGAGUAUCCUGUCCAGCCUCACAGAGUUCACCAGCAUCACACGCAUCGAGCUACUGCCUGAAUCCGAAAAGGUCAGCCUGGUCAAAAUAUACCUGCAGGACAUUAAGCCCAUCACGUUGCUAUUGGAGUCAGUUGCAGCCAAAGAUAUGUCCUGUCUGAUAGCAGGGUACUGUCGACUGUUUGUUGACCCCAACCUCAACAUCUUUCCCUGGAUUGAUGACUCCAAGAAGCAUCGAGUGUCGGCUGAGGAAGGUUAUGUGUCACGGUGUGGCAGCGACUCAGACAACUCCUCAGACAUGGACAUGGAUCCACUGGUUGCCAAGGUGUCUCACGACGACAAGCCCUGCCCUCGUGUCAGAUCUUCAUCAGAUCCAGACGGAAGAAAAAAAAAAGAAAAAGACAGAAGGAGAAACAAAGAUAGCAAAGAAAAAGGAGACAAACCCUGGGGGAAUAAGAAGCAAAAAGAAGAAAAGGAUGCUGACACUGAAAAGGAAAAGUGUCCGCUCGAUAAGAACAGAGAGGGUAAGGAUAAAGACAUAGAGCACAAGGAAGAGACAGGGAGUGCUCAGGAUGGUCAGCGAAUACAGAGUGAGAUAACAAAUAAAAGCUCAGGGGGACAACAGGAAAAAGAGGGAGAGGAAGGUAAAAACAUAGGUGGAGAAGAUGUGCGAGCAGCAGAUGAGCAACCGUCCAUAUCAGAGGCAUCAGAUUCUUGUCAGUCUGACUCUCGUGUCCUCACCAGCCCCUCCAGCGACUCCCUUGAUGCUCUGGAGGAAGACGACUUACUUUCAUGUUCUUCUUCCUCUAUUCACCCCAGUGCUCUAUUACAAACCCAUGCCAACAUCCACCCUUCCCUGCAGCUUCAUCACUACUCUCAUCGGAGCAUUCAGCCCCACCUCCUCGCCCCUCCAGCUCCUCACUCCCAUCCCCUUAUUCACCUCGCAACUCAUGAGAGAAGAGGAGGGGGCUGCAGACGGUCAGGUGACGGAGCUGAUCCCCAGCUCCUCACACCCAUCUCCCCCUCUCAAAGCCUUGAACAUGUCCUAAAGUGUCCAGGUAACCCCUGCUCUGAUGACAACUCCCUGUGCUUUGCUGAGCUCUCCCGCCUCGUGGACUUCCUGCCAAGCCCUCCGGAGGCCAGCGAGGAAGAUGAAGAUGAAGAAGAGGAGUUGAGGAGGAGGAGGGGGAAGAUGUUGAAAGAAAUGGAUGAGUCAGUGAGAAGAGCAGGUGAAGGUGGAAGUGUAAGUGGGGAGGGUCUCUUUAAAGAACAUCCACUGUCCCCCUCCUCCCCCUCCUCCAACACAGAGUUUGUGUUUAACUUUGACCAGAGCGACGCUCGCUGCUACUACAAACUCUGCUCCAGCAUCACCCCCGACAGCGCACGCAGCCUCCCCCAGCCCAUUUCAUCUAAUGAUGGAGAAAAUGGAGACGAGGUGAAGGGAGAGCCAGCGAAGGUGGUUAACCUGGAGCCUGUCCCCAUCCUUCAACCACCACCUGGCUUUGGAGACAGCAGCUCAGAUGAGGAGUUCUAUGACGCCAGAGAUCGCUUCACCUCACCUGAAGACCCGACCUCGGGGGCGUUGCCAAGAGACAUUUGCACAGAGAUGAAACUGGACUUCCUCAGCACACUCAGCCUCAGUGACAUCAGAGUCUCAGUGACUGAUGCAGACAAAGAUGGAAAAGCAGAAGCAGACAGAAAAGGAGGCGAGGAGGAAGGAGGAGGCAUAGAAACAUUGUUUCAGCUCAGAAAACGAUCACGAAAGCGGCGUUCCUUCAUGGAAACUGAUUACACCUCGAGGGUCUCGUAUCCAGAGCCAGAUCCAGAAUCAAGGCAGGACUUGCUCUCUAAUAAGCUCCAUAAGAACCAUUUGGCAGAAGCCAAUGAUGCACAGAUGCUGAGCUCAGAUCCUGAACCUUCUGAGCAAACCCAGAAUCCCAGUCCUACUGUCUCCUCUCUGACUCACUCUGAAGGGGAACCAGCUCAGCUCGAGUCAAAGCCCAUCCUGUCCAAACCCCACUUGCGUGGACCUGGCUCUCCUUGUGGUUUUGGGUCUCGUGAGCAGACCAGAGAAUCACAGCCUUCCUCCAGGACAAGGAAACAGGACAUGGAGAUGGAACCAGAUGCAAUGGAAUCCAAAUCGGUCACAGAUCUGGUGAAGGCAGCAUCUCCUACAAUCACCGUUGUCCGCUGCCGAGUGGAUCCAGACGGGAAAGAGUGUGCUGAUCGAAGGGGGGAUGGAAAAGAGGAAGGGGAGGGACAGGAGAGUGGUGGGGAGGGAGAAGAGGAGACAACAGAUGUGCCAGGAAAUGGGCCAUUCACUAGUCAUAUGUUCUUGCCAGAAAUCACUGAGGAGCGGGAUGAGGAUAAGAAAGAGGGGGUAAGAGGGUCCUCGUCCAGUUCAAAGAGACCACUCAUUGGCGCUGAGAGGCAGCCAGAGUCCAACACGCUGCCUAUGUCUUUGAUAGAUGUGAAUAAAAAGGGUAGUAAUGGCCUUUUAGGAGCCCAUCCAGUUACUUUAGAGCAAAAUUCAUAUAUAGCGGAACACAUCCUUGAAAGUGUCUGUGAAAAGUCAAAUCCUCCAUCAUACUCACCACCACCUGCUCCACCCUCAUCCCCUCUACCUCCACUAGCAGUUGUCGACAAAUCAGAAAGUGACUGUUUGGUGAGGGAAGAAACAGGAAGGGAAAACACACGAACAUCUUCAUCCAAUUCUGAGGAGAUGCCACCUUGCCAACAAAAUCACACAAACAAAGCACAGUCACGUUUGGAUGUCACAACCGGUGUCUAUGAGGAUGAAGCCACCAGUGUUGUUAGUGAUGAAGUAAGUGACAGCACCAAUUCGGACAAUGUUUUCGAUGAUGAUGAAGUGAGUAAUUCCUUAAAUUCUUAUAGUGACAAGAAGUAUGACUGGAGCAUAGCUACAAAGCAUAGCAUCAGUGCUAAUUCAACCCCAGCAAGUAAAGGUGAUUGUCAGAUGACUACUCAUAUCAACACUGAAGCUCAGACAAGAAUUCAUCCAGUUAACUCAGAUUAUACUCGUGCUAUAAACUCUAUAACUGCAAAGCUUGGAGCUGCAACAAGUGUUACGUCUCCUACAUUUAAUUCAAGUACAAGACUGAAAAGUGAUUCGGAUCAAAAUGUAGACAAACCACAAAGUGGAUCCAUGCAAAGUGCUGAAACUAAAGAUAGUUUAGCUAGUUCUAGUUUAGGAAAAGCUAACACAGCCAUAGUCCACAAUCUCUCCAAAGACCCUCCCUCUCCAACUCAUUUCCUCUUCCAGACGUGCUCUCCUACCAUUAUGGGUCGCUUAUCUGCCUCCACACUUAGGGAGAAGAUCCAAAAGUUGCCCUUGUAUUUAUCAAGAUCCCAGGAAAAUCUCAGCCAAGCUGGGGUAGGGAAUGUAGCCCAGAGUCCUUCCGCUGACAGCAGUCCUAUGCAAGACAAUGUUGAAAUCACCAUCACAGAUGUUAAUGACGUCACACAAACAAUAGACCUCGAAACAGGCACAACUGCAGAAUCCGUGGAGUCAGACGAUUCGGAUGCAACCCUUACAGGAUCAGAGGUAGAUGGGGAGUUUUUUGUAGAAACAACCUCAGUGAAGAGUUUUCAUUCAGUGCCAGAGGUGAAGGAAGUAAGUUCUCCGUUGCCCGUUCAAAGUGAGCCCAAAUCCCAACACCACAAUCAGCCUCUGUACACGUUUCCUAUCAAGAACACGCCAGGACCAAUCACAGAGCCUCCAGUCUCCAUUGUGAACAACAUCCAAAAAGACACUUCGGGCCAAAAGAUAGACACUCCUGGCCCUAUAAAAGACUCCUCACCCUCUGCCCACCCUCCGAUAGUGGUGACAACACAGAAUCUAAAUGGGCCAGGACUUUCUUUUCACAGUCAAUCACAGAAGGUAAGACGGACCAGUAGCGACAGGCCUUUAAUAGGUCUUUGCAGGCCUUCUGGGCAGAAUUUAGACUCAGCAAAAUCCCUUUCAUCAGGCUGCAGGGUGUUUACCAUCUGUGAGGAACCAUCCCAGACAAAGACCCUAACUGAGGUGGUGACGACCCCACCCUUGAAGCCGGAGUUUGGCUGCAGUUCUGUGCUAGCAUCUGGAUGUGAGUCGGUUAUGGAAGGGAUGCAGAUUCCACUGGAUGCUUGCGGUUGCCCAGCCGUCUAUACCAACUGCUUCAGCGGUGGGGACAGCUUUGACGAGGAGCUGACAGUCUAUGAGUUCUCCUGUCGCACACAGAGCAGCGGAUUGACUCAGACUUCUGGAGCAGGUCUUCCUCUCAUGACCUCUUCACCUGUUCCCUCCUUUCUCUCAACCUCCUCCACCCACUCUCCUUCCUUCCCACGCUCCAUCCUUUUUUCUUCCUCAACCUCUGAGCUCAGCCCUCUCCUCUCACCACUGUCUGACACCUCUGACAGUUUCCUAUCUCAAACGCACAAGGACACCAUCAGUCGGCUAGGCCAGCAGUGCUACCCCGAACCCCCCACAGGUUUCCAAGUACUGCGUGUCGACGUGGAUCAGCUUCUUUCCAUUUUGGAAAGUAGUGGUGUUGACCGAUCAGGCCAUGGAGGUCGCCACCCAAGGGACACCUGCCCUGCUCACUUUACAGAGAACAAGCGGGUGCUGCAGAUAGAGGCACGGCGACUGAUGUCAGGCUGUCAGAAGGUGGUGGGGAUUGGACAGAGCCCUGAGGAAAUGCUUCACUCCCUGGCUGACAGUUUCCGGACCCUGGUGGAGUUGGCUGGUAUAUGCCUCUGGUUUUCUGGGUGCGACAGAUGUGACCGGAGGAAUGCCGAGGCAGUCGCAGGUCUGGCAGAUGUGGCCCGCUCAUUCAGGGACUUCUGUCUGGCAGCGGAGCGAGCCAGCAGCAAGCGCAGCUGCCAGGACCUGAGCACCAAGCUGUUGGCCAAGCAAUGCACAGCGCUCACCGCCUCUGUCUUCUGCCUCACUCAGCUGUUCCGCACCCUCACUGCACUAUGAGUGGAUCACGACCAAUGAAGUGUUAGACCUUCAAGCUACCUAUAGCGUUUGACCUCAUAUAAGUGAGGUCAUCAGUGAGCCCACAGCUGCUGCAGAUGUGGACAGUGUGACCCAGAACAGCCAUGUGUAGGAUGGGCUUUAGAGUGUGAGGUGAGGUUACCUCAGAAACAUACUGGUGUCACUGACAUGACCACUCAAAUGAUCACAACAAACUCAACAUUAUAGAGCCAGUUUGAGAUUGGCGAGGUGCAUGUGGUUACUGACUGAUUUGCUGUGCACGUCUUGGAACCCGCAAACAGUCAGCAAACAACCAUCCGACUGUAAGCGGUGCAAGCUGCAAGAGCAGAACUUGCUUGCAUUCCAUUACAGAAGAACUACUGUACUUGAAUGUAUUAUAUGUUAACUUCUAUGUUUAUUUAUUUAUCAAUUAUUUAAUUAGUGAGUUACUACAGUGAGCAAGUAAGGAAUGUAAAGAAAAGGAAGGAAGAUAUUUGGAAAUGUUUACAGACAAAGCUUUAGACUGAGGAAUAGUGGUGUGUGAGAGCAGUGGGCAUUUUACACACAUAAAUAAGCACACAACCUCAAAUACACAGAGUGAAUCAGUAUUUGAUUGCAUCAAUACACAGGCCUUUUGUGUGACUGACUGAACAUGUGAAGAUAAGGAACACUGAAGUUUACUGAUGCUUAUAUAUCUUUACAUUGGCCAGGCUGUCAGCGCAGACUUCUUUGAAUGUUACUGUUUACAAAAACCAAAAACUCGAGUGAGAAAUGAUUUCAUCAAAUCAUAGAAAUCAAGCCUGAAGCUGUGUUUGCCAUUUUAUAAUUCUAGUAGCAGAAUGCUGAUGUAUGCGCAUUAUGUGACUUCAUGAAACAGUUUGGAUGAGGUACAGUCCUUUGCACAUUCAGUUUGUUGUCAUUUUGCACAGACAUUUGGUAUGAUUUGUUUAAGUGUAAUACAUUUGUUAACACUCUCUUUCUCCACCUCCAGUUAAAACACUGACCCCUCAGAGCAUGGUUACGUGGCUGUCAACCACCAGUCUUUUACACAUACUUAUUGAUUUUUAUAUUAGCUAUCAACAUGUUCUUUGAGAACAGGAAUCUCCAUUCAUCAUGUUAUGUAGUUAGUUUUAAGAAUCUUAAUUUUCCAGCAAUCCACAGGCUUUUCAACAUCAUAAAAACCUACACACCUCUCUCUGAGCUCUGGGGACAGUCAGGAAGGACUUAGUCUACCAUGUCCCUUACACUAAGUGCAUUAUUACUAAAGAUCUCCCAUAUAUUUGUAUGACCACAAACAGUGGCAAACCUGUGAGUCGAUAUGGGCACAGGUAGCUCAAGCAGUGCAGUGUGUAGCACUGUUUGCUAUCUGUUUGCUUUUCAGCUUAUGAUAAACACAUUGAGUGGGAGGUUCUCAGAACAUCUGUCGAACUCACCCGAUCAUUGGUUGACAGCCUAUCGUUGGAGUUCCUUGAACUCAACACAUUUGUCACAAAAUCAUGUCAAACACUGAUUUUCGCAAAAGUUAUAACUGUGGAUAAGCUGUCAUAUUACAGCAUUUUCACUUGGAAUGUUUCUAAAAAUAAAAAGGACCGAAGCACACUGGACCUGCAUGUUCACUGGAGAAAUUAAAGUUAUCAGAAAUAAUUUCACCACUGCAGUGCUGGGAACACAAUUUAAUGCAAACAGUGUUUCUAUAUAUAUUUAUAAUGGCAGUUGAAACACUUUACUUGUUAACUCGUCCUGUUUUGUUCCCUGUGGUUGCAAAAUAAUAUAAUUUCCUGUAUUUUAUUCCCAAUAUGCAGCUGAAAAGAACUGAAUUACAUUUACCUUGAUCUCCAUGAGAAAAUUGCCCCUAACAAAUAAUGGAAAAUAACCUUUUUAACUCAUCAUCUGUGCUCACAAAGCAUGCUGUUAAAAGCCAUAAAAUGCAUUGUUGUUUUAUCAGGGAUUUUAUCUGUGAAUGACUGAAUGAUGAUGUCUGCUCUUGCUUUGCAAUGCUUAACUUCCACCAUUAAAAACAAUGUCAAGA